AUGAAGUCCCAAACAGUCCUCUCUAUCCUUUUCGCCGCUUGCAGUGUCAUGGCCGCUCCAAUUGACAACAAGGUCAACGAGCUGGCUUGCACCUUGUCCGGCGACAUGGCCUGCGCCGGUGCUGUUGAAAAGCGCGAGGAGCCCGAGAUCAACGAGCUUGCCUGUACCCUGUCCGGUGACAUGGCCUGUGCCGGUGUUGUCGAGAAGCGCGAGGAGCCAGAAGUCAACGAACUUGCGUGCACCCUUUCCGGUGACAUGGCCUGUGCCGGGGCUGUUGAAAAGCGCGAGGAGCCCGAGGUCAACGAACUUGCGUGCACCCUUUCCGGUGACAUGGCCUGUGCCGGUGCUGUUGAAAAGCGCGAGGAGCCCGAGGUCAACGAGCUUGCGUGCACCCUUUCCGGUGACAUGGCCUGUGCCGGUGCUGUUGAAAAGCGCGAAGAGCCCGAGGUUAACGAGCUCGCCUGCACCCUGUCCGGCGACAUGGCCUGCGCCGGUGCUGUCGAGAAGCGCGAAGAGCCCGAGGUUAACGAGCUCGCCUGCACCCUGUCCGGCGACAUGGCCUGCGCCGGUGCUGUUGAAAAGCGCGAAGAGCCCGAGGUCAACGAGCUUGCCUGCACUCUUUCUGGCGACAUGGCCUGCGCCGGUGUUGUCGAAUAG